AUGAGCACAGCCAUGAACGACACAUACCAAGCACAGCAACUGUGCCAGCCUUACGACUUCGAGAAGGUCACGGACUUGCGGCCCUUUCUGGAGAAGUACUGGCUAUCCUCAUUUCCCAUAGUUCUGAUCUACUUGCUGUUCAUCAUUGUGGGCCAGAACUAUAUGAAGACACGGAAGGGCUUCAAUUUGCAAGGCCCUCUCACUUUCUGGUCCUUCUGCCUUGCCAUCUUCAGCAUCGUGGGGACAGUGAGGACAUGGUACUAUAUGGGCACUGUGAUAUUGACGAGUGGCCUAAAGCAGACCGUGUGCUUCUCCUUCUUCACAAAUGACAUUGUAGUCAGAUUCUGGUCCUGCCUCUUUCUUCUCAGCAAGAUUGUUGAACUUGGAGACACAGUCUUCAUCAUCCUGCGUAAGCGGCCACUCAUCUUUGUACACUGGUUCCACCACAGUACAGUGCUGCUGUUCACAAGCUUUGGAUAUAAGAACAAAGUGCCUUCAGGUGGCUGGUUUAUGACCAUGAACUUCAGUGUGCAUUCCAUUAUGUACACCUACUACACUCUGAAGGCUGCCAAAAUGAAGUACCCCAAGAAGCUUCCCAUACUCAUCACAAGCCUGCAGAUCCUGCAGAUGGUUAUGGGAACCAUCUUUGGCAUCCUGAAUUACAUUUGGAGACAGGAAUAUGGAUGUUACACCACAACAGAACACUUCUUCUGGUCCUUUGUCCUGUACGCAUCCUACUUAAUCCUUUUUGCCCACUUCUUCUACCAAACCUACAUGAAGCCCAAGGCCAAAAGCCAGUAA